UUCUCAUAAGUUAAAACACAACAUUCAAAGCUUUCAGCGAUUCUUCUCUCUGUUUCAAAUAUUCUUCAUAGUUUCUAAGCUCUCAGAUUCUUGAAGAAGCCAUGGCUCGUACGAAGCAAACCGCGAGAAAAUCACACGGAGGAAAGGCUCCAAGGAAACAGCUCGCUACCAAGGCGGCGAGGAAAUCUGCGCCGACUACCGGUGGAGUCAAGAAGCCUCACCGUUACCGUCCCGGAACCGUCGCUCUUCGUGAGAUUCGUAAAUACCAGAAGAGCACAGAGUUGUUGAUCCGUAAACUUCCCUUUCAACGUCUUGUUCGUGAAAUCGCCCAAGAUUUCAAGACGGAUCUGAGAUUCCAAAGCCACGCUGUGUUGGCACUUCAAGAAGCUGCGGAGGCAUAUUUGGUGGGUUUGUUUGAAGACACAAAUCUGUGUGCCAUUCAUGCAAAGAGGGUUACGAUUAUGCCUAAAGAUGUUCAAUUGGCAAGAAGAAUUCGUGGAGAGCGUGCUUAGAAGUUAGAAUCGAAUUCAAUCUUGAACUAUUAUUAUUCUAUUAGGGUUUUGGUGUUAUUGUUUUGGAUUGUUUUUGCUGCUUUUAACAAAAAUACAUUUAUGUUCUUAAAUUUUCUUUGAAAGAUUAAUUGGUUAUUAAUGAUAUUAAACCUUCAUUACUCU